CAAAUACUCGUACCCCCAUCAUCGCCAUUACCUCCUUUUAAGCAACUCCCAUUCUUUCCAACUCUUUCCGGCAAUAUGUCGCCGGCGAUCAGCAAAUGCAACAAACUUCGACGCAUUGUUAGAAUCCGUCAAAUGCUACAACGCUGGCACAAGAAGGCGCGCCUCACGGCAGCUCGCGCGCCGUCCGACGUCCCCUCAGGACACGUUGCGGUCUGCGUGGGAAGCAGCUACAAGCGGUUUAUCGUGCGCGCGACGUACCUGAACCACCCUAUCUUCCAGAAGCUUCUAGUAGAGGCCGAGGAGGAGUACGGCUUCGCCAACAAGGGCCCCUUGGCCAUCCCAUGCGACGAGUCGUUUUUCGAAGAGGUUCUUCGGGUCCUGGCCCGGUCCGAGUCUGGUAACUCCGGGCGAUUCUUGAACGUGGAGGAUCUCCAGAGACGCUGCCACGGGGAUGCUUUGAACCAGCUUGAGUAUUUGGGUGAAUCUGGGCCGUUGCUUCGCGCUUGGGUUGGCUGAUAAAUCUGUAUGUUAAUUAGGUGCGGGGCUUUCAGUGGAGCGGGUCGAGUUGAGACAACUCAGCCGAGUUUCCGAGUUAAAUGGACUACAAGUACUGACUACUGGCGACUACUCUAUGAGUUAACUAAUUAUUUUUUUAAUUAUUUUUGGUAAAGACUGAAUUAGGAGUGGUUAAUUUGUGUAUUAUUGUAGAAUUUCAGGAUAUAAAUAUUCAACAAAUUAAAUGUUUGAUAUCUAA